CUUUUUAAUAAAACAUGAAUGUUUUCGGGGCCGUUGAUAUCCGACUACGUCCCGUGGGAAAUCAUGGAAGGUUUUUUUUACAGAGCGGUGCCCGACCACGUCUCGCUUCAUAGAUGGGUGAGCGGUGCGCUGGGACAGCAUGGCCGAGGAGAAUGGACUCAAAGGCCACUGUGGCAGACAUCUUGGCCCCGGCCGCUGGACCGGAGGAAGUGGACGACCCAGUUGGAAUGGCAAAAGAAGGACAUCUUUCUGGAUUAAAAGUGACUGGUCUUGAAUGGUGACUGCCAUGGAUGUGCCCCGAAGUUCAUUAACAGACAGCUCAUUUUGAUGUCUACAAACAAGCCUAAGGAUGCACUUAAGGAUACAAAUAUUGGACUAUUUCAGUCCCAUAACUGUGCCUGGAUGAAAUACUUUGGGAGUGAGGGGACUUAACUCUUGAUUGAUUGAUUGCAACCUGAUUAGUUGCCAUAACUUAUUAAUCUCCUUUAACAAAUGGACUCAAUUUUAUGAUUUACUAGCCUAAUGUGGCUUUUGGACUUUUCUGCAUUGGACUUCACUAUUGACAAGCAGUAAUGGAUGGAUUGUUUUUACUUGUUCCCUCUGUUUAACUCUUGAUUGAUUGAUCCAGCCAAACCACCCACCAACUCACUCCCCUCUACCUCUCCUCCCGUCCCCUCUGCAUCUUCAGGCGAGUCCCUGGUGUGGAUGAGUGUGGGAGGGGGAGUAGGCCUCUCGCCAUGGCUCACUCCUCUGACUACCACAACCAUAGGGAAAUGACCAACGGGCGAGGACAUCCUCUCCCCCACCCUCAUAAUGGGGGAGGCUACCCUCACCCCCACAAUGGGGGCCAGGCUGGGGGAUCCCACUCGACAAACCGCUACAUGCAGAAGAAGCAUCACCGCCACAGGGGAGGCAGGUCCUCACCCAUGGGCAGAGUCAUCCUCAUCAACUCUCCUGUCGAUGGUGGGGAUGACUGUGAAGACCUCCACACAGUGACAGUAGAUAAGAGUGCAGACGGCCGUCUGGGAUUCAGUGUUAGAGGCGGUUCAGAACACGGACUCAGCAUCUUCGUCAGCAAGAUAGAGGAUGACAGCUCUGCAGAGCAGGCAGGUCUCUGUGUAGGGGACAAGCUGGUGGAGGUGAAUGGUAUCAGCCUGGAAAGCAUCACUAUGAGCAGUGCUGUGAAGGUCCUGACGGGGAACAACAGGCUGAGGAUGGUCGUGAGACGUGUGGGGAAAGUCCCUGGUAUACGCUACUCCAAGGAGAAGACUACAUGGGUGGAUCUGAUCCAGAGGCGUAUGGUAGUAGAGGAGAGUGGUCGUACUCCUUCAGAUGCCAGUUCAGACAGUGUUCUCCGUAGGAUGGUUCACCUCUACACAACCUCAGAUGACUACUGCCUGGGAUUCAACAUCAGAGGGGGCAAAGAGUUCGGACUGGGCAUCUACGUCUCUAAGUUGGACCCUGGGGGUCUGGCGGAGCAGCACGGCAUCAAGAUGGGCGACCAGAUCCUGGCGGCCAAUGGGGUGAGCUUUGAUGGCAUCACCCAUAGCAAUGCCGUGGAAGUUCUGAAGAGCCACACCCACAUCAUGCUGACCAUCAGGGAGGCAGGAAGAUACCCUGCAUACAAAGAGAUGGUGGCUGAAUACAGCUGGCUCAGCAAAAUGGCCAAUGGAGGGCCUCCGUCCUCUUCCCAGGGCUCUGACUCUUACUCCUCGGCCUCCUCCCUGUCUUCCACCCCCCUCAGCUCCCUUAGUGGUCUCUCCCAGGUCCUCUUCCCCCCCGCCUUUGGCUCUGACAUGGUGGAUGUCUGCAUCUCCACUGAGGACCGCUCUCGCCGCACCAGCAACUCCGAACGCACCGCAGAGACCGCCAUGCAGACUGACCUACACCCCCCCUUGGACUCUAACGCAUCCCCCUUGCCUCAUGGAAGGCUGGUUGCCAUGGAAACCAGCCGGACGCUAGGCGCCACUGUGUUUUUGAAGGACACACCAAUUCGGGGGAAAGGAGAGGGUCCUGUGGAAAGGGGAGGGGCUGGAGAUGGGGGAAGGGGCAAAAGGGGGAUGUUGUCACCAGGGGAACAGGAGGUGGCGCAGGACUCCCCGAAAACGGCGGUGCUUAUGGCCCUGAGCAGACCGAGAAAGCCCAUCAGACGAUCCCAGAGCCAUAUCACAGUUACAGAGGACAAGCAGAAGAAGAAGAAGCAGGGAAAGGAGAAGAGUGCAGGAGAGAGAGAGGGCAGCAAGACCCUGCAGCGCUCCAAGACCUUCGUCAGCCUCCUUUUUAAGAGAGAUGCACGGAGAGACAUGUCCAGGAACAGGAGAGAGAGAGACACAUCACGGGACAGUAGAGAGACAGUGACAGGGGACUCCCACAGGGGUCGAUUUAAAUCACCCUCCCACCAUGCUGACAAGGAUAAAGAGAGGGGUCGCCCGUUCCAGCUGUUGACGUCUCCAAGGGAGACCCGUGCUGGGUUGAAGGACAGCAGCCCCCUGCUUCACCCUGAGACCCUGGGAGAAGUGGAGAACAUGGCCAGGAAACUGCUCAGUCAGGACGAGGUCACUGCAGUCAUGAGACACUGUAAGCGGUUUAUGUUGGAGUGUGUGGUGGAGGAUCUAGUACACCCUCUACUGGCCAUACUGGACCGACCUGAGAAACUACUACUGAUACGAGAGAUCAGGAUGCUGAUCCCUCCUACAGAGUUGGGCCGUUUUGACAGUAUUGUCAUGCCCUUUGAACUGGAGGCCUACGACAUACUGAAGAGCCGCUCAUUGAGGUCUCCUAUCCUGCGCUCUCCUCGCAGUGGAACCCCUCGACGACACCUCAUCACCCCCAUACCAGACUACCAUGGUGGUUUCCAGCUUCAGCCAGCCAAGGACUUGGGGAGAGACCGUCAGCUGAUGGAAGACCUAGAGAGACUACGUGUGUCUGGCCUCCAGGAUGGUCUCCUGCCCCCUUCCCGCGCUUUCACCCCCCUCUUGGAUGUCCCCAUGGACAGCUACACCCACCACACCCCACGCUCACGCUCUCCGAGCCCCUCACCCCCCAACUGGCUCCUCACAGAAUCCCCACACACUACCAGACGCCAACCCCAAACCAACCACUCUCCAAAUAGGCGAGACAAUGGUUUGUCCUGGCACCAUGAUGAGACCUCAUUGCUGUCGGAAGAUACCACUCCGGAGCGGGGGCGGUCGCCGGUGAGGAACAAACAUAAUGGAAGGGUCAGGAGGGACCAAUGGGAGAGCGGCCCUGACAGGAAGGGAGGGAUGGCCGAGGGGUACAUGGAGGUGAGAGUACACUUACCCCCCAGGAACAUUCAACCCACCCAGGCUCAGGUGCUUGAGCCUCCCCCACAGGACCGAAGCCCCUCGACAGGUAGGGAGAGGGCGGGACAAGGCCAGAAAGGGAAGGUGAAGCAAGUGAACAGGCUUUCGCCAGGACGGUCACAGAAUGGUCACCAUGGAAACGCAACACCUGUAGCCAUUCAGGAGUAUGAGAUCACCACGGUGACCAUCUCCAAAACAAAACAGUCUCUGGGUAUCAGUAUCUCAGGUGGGAUGGAGUCCAAGGUGCAGCCUGUGAUCAAGAUAGAGAAGAUCUUUCCAGGAGGAGCUGCCUCUACCAGUGAUGUUCUGAAGGCUGGGUAUGAGCUGGUGUCGGUGGACGGUGAGUCUCUGCAGCGUGUGACCCAUCUUCAUGCGGUGGACGUAAUUCGCCGGGCGUUCAGCAACAAGGCCAAAGACUCCAUGGUGUUCAUCGUCAAGGUCCCCAAGGGGCCCUAAGAACCCAAAGAGCCCUGCUGACUAGCCCACUGUCAGGCUUACACAAAUACUACAACCUCAGUACUACAGGCCUGUCAAAAAGGAUGCUCCGAGGUGCAGUUCACCAACCCACUUUGUCUGGAAAUGGAAAUGAAUGAAAUGCUGGUGUUCAAACCAGAACGUUGUCAGAUACAAGUAUGUGGAUUUACAGAAGAUGAGGAUUCGUCUGAUGCAGAUGGUUCGGAAUGGAAGGGAAUGGUCUACUCACAGAGGAGAGGAAGGUACCUCUUACACUGACCAAUACGCUUGCUUCUCCUCUAGGGCAAAAGGGACAAUGUUUCCAUAGAAAACAGGAAAUACUGCUAAAACAAAAAUUGGUAACGUGACAUGUUAUGUUGUAACUGCAGUCGACAUGUGGGUCUACUGCGCUUACUUUGAGUAUAAUAAUGUGAUAAAUAAUAUUUAUCAAAGAUAGACUGGAUUAUAUGUAUCCCUUUUGCUAUAUUAACUUAUUUUAUUUUUUUACUAGGCAAGUCAGUUAAGAACAAAUUCUUAUUUUCAAUGACGGCCUAGGAACAGUGGGUUAACUGCCUGUUCAAGGGCAGAACGACAGAUUUCGUACCUUGUCAGCUCGGGGAUUUGAACUUGCAACCUUUCGGUUACUAGUCCAAUGCUCUAACCACUAGGCUACACUGCCGCCCCGAUAUAUUGUUAGCUAGCGUUGUUAGGAGUCAGCAGCUAUAGCAAUCAUAUUAAUAUAAUGUACUGUAGGUAACUUCAAGGGAAGGAAACUUUAUUUUGUGGAAGCAAAAACAUGCAGGCAUGCAUGCAUGUACGCAGACUCACUCACUCACUCACACUCUCACCACUCGCAUGCAGGAAGUAUAACCCCCCCUAUACACACAGUUCCAGGGACCAUUUCAGUCCACCACGGUCCUGCCAGAGAGAGAGUGAUUACUGUGUCCAACGUCAUGAGGUUUAUAGUCCAGAUUAAGCCUCUGUAUUAUAGUUGUGGUUUAGUGGAUGUCUAGGGGAUUAGUACAAAUUGCAGCUCUGUUUAAAACUGUAUUUCUGGCAAACAGAGUUCAUGUUUCUGGAGCAGGAUGCCACUUUAGAUGCUUGAUUACAUAGGCUUGUGGACUGAGCCUGAACAGACAUGUGGAGGAGAUGGAGGAAAACCUAAAUGAUGUACAGGAUGUGAGGACCAGUGGCUUAAACUAAGGUUGGGUUGAGAGGCAGAGGGGCUAAGACUGGGGGGAAGAGAGAGGGAUUGUCUGGGUCUGGGAAGGGUUGAUGAAGGGCUAAUGUUAGGUCAAGGGUUAAUAUUAGGUUAGGUUUAGGUCCCUAACUCCCUGGAAUCACCAGAGUGUACAGUGCACCACGCAUAGUUCCUGACCUUUAUGAGCGGCAGAGGGCCUGAGAGGUGCUUACAUAUGACUUGCUGUAGGGCUGGAAUGUCUGGCUGGUGACAAAUGCUGCUGUAAAGCUCAAUGGCAGUAUGGUCGGCUAAGCUUCUGUUAUUUAUAUAUAUGUAUAUGUGUGUAUAUAUGUAUGUAUGUGUGUGUGUGUGUGUGUGUACUUAAGCAUAAUAUACAUGUAAUAAACAUAUAAUAAGGUACAUCCAAAAUGUUUUCAGAGCUAUCGUAU